UCUCCGGAAGCAGCAUGGCUGUUCCCUUGACCUGGCUAGGCUCUGCCCGCUGAACCGCUGACACCAUGCAGUCAGAUGAUGUUAUCUGGGAUACACUAGGAAACAGACAAUUUUGUUCAUUCAAAAUACGAACCAAAACCCAGAGUUUCUGCAGAAAUGAAUACAGCCUGACUGGACUGUGUAAUCGGUCGUCCUGUCCCCUGGCAAACAGUCAGUAUGCCACUAUCAAAGAAGAGAAAGGACAGUGCUACUUGUACAUGAAGGUUAUAGAACGAGCAGCUUUUCCUAGGCGCCUCUGGGAACGGGUCCGGCUUCAUAAAAACUAUGAGAAAGCGCUGGAGCAAAUAGACGAAAAUCUAAUUUACUGGCCUCGUUUCAUUCGGCACAAAUGUAAGCAGAGAUUCACCAAGAUCACCCAGUACUUAAUUCGAAUUCGAAAACUUACACUAAAGCGACAGAGGAAGCUUGUUCCUUUGAGUAAGAAGGUGGAGCGGAGGGAAAAAAGGAGAGAGGAAAAGGCACUGAUAGCUGCUCAGCUGGACAACGCCAUCGAAAAGGAGCUGCUGGAGAGACUGAAACAAGACACGUACGGAGACAUCUACAACUUCCCCAUCCAUGCCUUUGACAAGGCCCUGGAACAGCAGGAGGCAGAGAGUGACUCUUCAGAUGCUGAGGAAAAAGAUGAUGAAGAUGAUGAUGAAGAUGUGGGGAAAAGAGAGUUUGUGGAAGAUGAUGAAGUGGAUGAGAGUGACAUAAGUGAUUUUGAGGAUAUGGAUAAACUGGACGCCAGCAGUGAUGAAGAUCAGGGUGAUAAAUCCUCCAGUGAGGAAGAAGAAAAGGCCCCUGAUGCCAAACACAAAGGCAAAACACCCCUGAAAGGACCUUUGCGGAGGAAACGAGCGUACGUCGAGAUAGAAUAUGAGCAGGAGACGGAGCCCGGGGCCAAGGCCAAAACCACGUGAUUUCCCACCAGACGUUUGGAAACAGGCCUGAAUGUUUUGAACUCCUUCCUUUUUUUAUCUUAAACACAAAUAUGUACCUGCAGUUUCCGCUCUUUAUCUUGUUUUUAACACAAUAUUUGUGUUUUAAUAUGUAUGCUACUUCUGUGGGGCAGGAAAUCUGGGAGGGAGUGGAGAAAAGCCUGAGUGGUGGACAGAGUAUUUUUUUGUAAGUUUGGCACAUGUGUUGAAGCAACAGCAUGAGCCCAAGAAACUUAACAGAUGAGUGGCUGUAAAUAUUUCUAAGUUGUAAAUGCUGCUCACCCCUGUCUCCUUGGUGUCCUCCCACCCGCACCCCCUGCCUUUGUUUAGAAAUGUCCAGACUUCCAUUUUUUCUUGUUCUCCUUCCCCUACUUCUAUGGGAGUAAAAGGAAAGACGGAAAAAGAUCUAAGUUACAAUAUUUAGUGUAAAAAUACCUUUUUCCUUAAAUAAUUCCAUUUAAAAGAGCUGGAAGAGAAAGAAAAUCCCCUCCUCUUGAGGAAAAUAAUACAAGUCUAAGUUCCGUCGCAGGGAGCGCCUUCAGUAGCCCGCUGCACUUUCCACAUACAGCUCACCACCUUACUGUCUUCACAGCUUCGGGGAAUGUUAGCCAGGAGGCCCUGAAACAUGAAAUCAAACAGGCUUUGGGGUUUUUUUGGAUUGUGGUUUUCUCCCCUUUACCUUGACUGCUUUUUCUUGGUACCAUACUCCAAGAAGGAGAGAUUGGAUGACACGGAACACAGAACAGGUAUAACUUUAGUAACUGUUGGCAUGUUCAGAAAUGUUCUGCUGGCUCACAAAGAAGCAACUCAGUACGAGCCAAGGUGAAGCAGAUUGGCUCUUGGGCUUGAAAACCGCCUGAGAUUACAGAUCCAAGAUGAAAUAAUUUGAAUAAACUAGUAAUAAACCAUACUACCCCUACAUAUUUUUAGGAUAUGAAUUUCUCUUCAUGCUGCCUUACGGCUUUCAAUUUAAGAUUUCUAAAUGGGGUAAGAAAUGAGACAACAGUUUAUUCAGUGGACACAUAACUAUUAUACACUAUGGCUUGGAAAAGUUAACUUCUGUGGAAUAUGAGACCAGAGGAAGAAUCCCCAUGUGGAUAAAAAACAAUAUGGAAAAUAAGAGUUGCCCCCCAAAACUGGAAACAUUUCUGGUAUCUGAAUUACUCUACCUAAAUUAUUACUUCUUGGUGGCUUAUAGCCCAUUAUUUAAUUUUUUUUUUAAACUCAAACCACUAAACAGAACUUAAAUUUUACAAACUUUUGAUCACAAUCCUUUUGCCCAUUCACUGUCCUAGCUCCCAAGAUAUAACGCUGAUUCUCUUGCCUUUUGGCCUAAACAGUUCUGAGUAGCCUUGAAGGAAGAAUAAAGUAUUGAUUAAACUCUGUUGAAGGCUAGGAGGCUCAGAGGUAGAGAGCUGAACUUCCCAUGUUCAUUUACAGACUUAGGCACGUAAACAGUAAAUCAAAAUCACAGAAAUUAUCUAAGGAUAACAAGGACUAACGGAAACUGGGCUGCAGACUGUCCCUUACCUUCACCUGUCCUCGGGAGCAGUGGUCCAGGAGAAUCAGGCAGUCUGUGGCCUCUUCUAACAAGGCGUUCUUAACAGGCUCAGGUGUAAGGCUUGAAUCCCUUGCUACGUCACAUAUCAGUUUCAAGAGAGCCUUCAGUAAGACCACAAGUCUGCAGGAAACUCUGGAAUCAGGAAGAAAAAUUAUGUUUGUACUCUGAAUCAGGAUAUUAAAACUGAAAGAGACUUCAAAGGCCAACUAGUAUAAAGUCCUCAUCUCAUAAGUGAAGGAACUGAAGUCAGAGUUUAAUGACUUAAAGACCACAGAGCUACAAGCAGCACUAGAGAUCAGACUCCAGAUUUCUUAAUUUCAAGCCCCGUUUUCCCCUCCAGCACAAAAACACUGCACACACACACACACUCUGGCCUGCCCAAGAAUCCCUGGUUUCCUCCAGAAGCAUGCCUCUACUGUUAGGACACAGCCCCUCCUGAAAAGGGAGAAGUGGGACCUCCCCUCUUUCCAGGGACCCAUACUUUUGGCCAGGGGAUCAGGACAUGGCCCUCAACCUCUAGCUUUGACACUGUCUUGGGCCCUCAGGUUAAAAAUAGAGUGAGGGAAAUAAGGUUGGCUUCCGGGACUCAAGUGUCAAUUUGAACUUUUUGUCAUUUUAAUUCUAGAUCGUAAGUUACCACCAGUUAAGCCCAGUCUAGUUACUUCUACUUGGCCUUUCUAAAAGUUUGUGUUGAUGAAAAAGUUCUGGAAAUGGAUUGUGGUGGUGAUUACACAAAAUUGUAAAUGCACUUAAUGCCACUGAAUUGUACACUUUAAAAUGGUAAAUUUCAUGUAUUUUUUUAACCACAAUAAAAAGCCUAAAAAACCAUAA